UUCAUCAAUGACAUGAAACCUUAAAAACUGAAGACUGGGUUAAUGAGAAGAUGGGAGCAGCAAGCAGCAGCAUUCAUGACCUCCCGGAAAAUGAAUAUUUAAAGAAACUGUCAGGACGAGAAGCCAUCUCUGAGAAUGACCCGUUUUGGAAUCAGUUGCUUUCUUUUAGCUUUACUAUCCCAACGAACAGCGCCGAGUUAAAACUUUUGGACGAAGCUUCUGCGUCCGUCUGCAAGUCUUUAGUGGAGAAUAAUCCUCGGACAGGAAACCUUGCCUCACUGAUUAAAGUCUUCCUUUCCAGAACCAAAGAAUUAAAAAUUUCAGCAGAAUGUCAGAA